UACCAGGAAAUAUGGCGGCGCUCAUGACGCUCAGUCAGUUGUCAAGUGGAAAUGCAGCUUAUGAAAGCUAUUACAGACUGCUCGAUCCAGGGAACACAGGCAAAAUAUCAGCAGGCGAUGCAGCUCAUUUUCUUAAAAAGUCUGGAUUAUCUGACAAUACACUUGGAAAAAUUUGGGAUUUGGCUGAUUCUGAUAGAAAAGGCUAUUUGGAUAAGCGGGGUUUUUUCAUUGCUCUGAGACUGGUGGCGACAGCACAGAGUGGAAAUGAUAUCAGUCUCAACAACCUCAACAAAACCAUCACUGCACCUAUUUUUAGAGACGUUGACAGCCCUUUAUUAAGUGUGUCAACACCAGCAUCUGACUCUCUGUGGGCAAUAAGACCUGAUGAAAAGGGGAAGUUUGAGGGAAUAUUUGAAAGUCUGUCACCCGUAAAAGGUCUUCUGUCUGGUGAUAAAGUCCGACCAGUUUUGAUCAACUCUAAGCUACCUUUGGAUGUGUUAGGAAAGAUUUGGGACCUAAGUGAUGUGGACAAAGAUGGACACUUGGACAAAGAGGAAUUUACCGUGGCCAUGCAUCUUGUGUAUCGUGCCAUGGAAAAGGAACCCGUCCCAAGCAGUUUACCUCCUUCUCUCGUCCCACCUUCUAAAAGGAAAAAAUCUGCACCUGCGCUUCCAGGCGCUGUGGCUGUGCUGCCUGCUUUGCUCAGUCUUUCAUCCAGCCCAGCUCCUCUCAGAGAGACCCUGCGAAGCACUUCUACCCUUGGUAGUGCUACUCCUCUUGGCAGACACACACCUCCUCUUGGGAGUGCUGCUUCUUCUUUAGGGAGCACUACUCCCCUCAGCCCCAGCGCUAUCAACCUUUCCCCAAAACACUCCUUUAAAUCUAGCUCAGCGCCAGCGGUGAACUGGGUGGUACCGGUGGCUGACAGAGAAAAAUAUAACGACCUUUUCAAGAAAACGGAUGUCAGCAGUAAUGGCUUCAUCACAGGAACUGACAUCAUCGAGAUCUUCAUGCAGUCCAACCUCUCUCAGACAAUGCUGGCUCAGAUAUGGGGUCUGGCUGACACAAAGCAGACGGGCAAGCUGACUCCAGAACAGUUUGCGCUAGCCAUGCAUCUAAUCCAACAGAAGGUGAACAAAGGCGUAGACCCACCCUCCUCUCUCACUCCAGAUAUGAUUCCCCCAUCAGAAAGGACUUCAGGCACCAGUUAUUUGGGGCUUCAUUUUUCUGUGAGACCAGACUUUGCUUCAACAUCUAAUAAUCGCAGAGACAGCAUCAGCUCCAUCGGGUCGGUCGAGCUGACAGGCGUCAAAGAGCUGGAUGACCUCAGCCAGGAAAUAGCUCAGCUGCAGCGGGAAAAAUUCUUCCUGGAGCAAGAGAUUAAGCAGCAAGAAGAAGCAAUUAGACAAAAAAACACUGAUCUUCAGGAUGUACAGAGUGACUUGGAAAGGGAGCAGAACAGUUUGCACAACAUGGACUCCCAGAAGCAGGAUGCCCAGGUACGUCUGGACGAGAUGGACCUGCAGCGUUCCAAACUGGAAGGAAUGUUGAACGAAGUGAAGCAGAAGUGCCAGGAAGAGAGCCAGCAGAUUUCAUCUUUGCAGGGCCAGAUCCGCACUAAAGAGACAAACCUCCGCAGUCAGGAAGACGAGCUGAGCUGCACCAAGGCGGAUCUGAGCCGGCUGCAGGACGAGGAGUCCCAGCUGGAGCAAAGGUUGCUCUCCGGUCGCGCCCAGCUGGACGGCAUUGUCAAAUCGCUCCAAACCACCCAGGAAGAAAUCAACCAGGCUCGCAGCAAGCUGUCAUUGAUCCAGGACAAUCAAAAGGAACUGAGCAAAACGAUUGAACAGUACAAUAACGCCUUGAGCGAAAUCAGCAGAGGGAACUUGAGCAAUCUGCCAGACUUGAGCGAAGGGUUCGCUGAGAGGGAAAAUGGAGGUUUCAGAAGUGCGGUGAGGAACCUCGAAGAUAACUCUUUCAAGUCCAGGAUAGCCAUGUUCAACAACAGCAGUGCUAAGGAGUCUCCAGCAGACCCUUUCCAGACAGAAGACCCCUUCAAGUCAAACCUCUUGAAAGACCCAUUUGGAGAAGAUCCUUUCAAAGAAAACGAUCCCUUCAAAGGUACCUCAUCUGACGAUUUUUUUAAGAUGACCGACAAGCCAAACCUGUUUGGAUCUGCAGACACUUUUGGCAGGAAACCUCCGCCCCCAGCCAAGCCAAGUUCCUUCAGCAGUGCUGACCGCUUCAAACCAAGCAGCCCAAAACCAAAGGAUUCAGAUUUAUUUGGAAAAACGGACCCCUUCGGGAGCAGUUCCUUUGGAGGCAGGGGAGGUGGAUUUGCUGACUUUAGUAAGAUGUCAAAGAAGUCCGACAAUCCUGUGGUCCCAGCAAAGAAAAAUGUGCCUAACCGGCCGGCGCCCCCUUAUGGUAAUAUGCUCAGUUUGUGUGUAUCAGAGCCACUUCAGGGAGUUUGCUCUUCUGCAGUCGGUGCAGACUCUUUAGUUACAACACACUCGAGUAAAGCAUCCAAAGACUGUCCUGUGGGUUUUGCAGAGUUUGGCUCUUUUGGAAGUGAGAACCAGCAGUUGGAGUGGGCCAAGCGGGAGAGCAAGCUUGAGGAGCAGGAGAGGCUGAGGAGGCUGCAGCUGCAGGAGCAGCAGGACCUGGAGCUGGCCAUCGCUCUGAGCAAGGCCGACUUCUCCAAGUCUUGACCACGCCUGCCCCCACAGCUUUUUGUCCCCUUCUGUUUGCCUUACAGUCUUCCGUCUGCAGGCUCAAUUUCAGCACUGACUCCUGUUACGAACUAGUGUUUCUCAACUUGAGAUGGGACUCGUGAAAUGAUUCAAUUUGUUCAUUGCAUCUAAACUACAUGUAGAAACAGGGAGAAUAAAGAGAUACUUGGGAUAAGCACAUUACAAAUAUAUUAUGAUCUGAGAAUCAGUGGGAUACUUGACCACAACUUUAUCUAGCUCCGUACCUGGUUGGCAAUAAUUAACUUGGUUUUUGUUAAAGCCAUUUAAAGGAACCCCAGCUAAUAAGACUUAAUGUGGCAUCUCACCAGACUGCGGCCGUUGGGAGACAGUGACUCAAAAUUGGGAAAAACGUUGUGGCUUUUCUGUCUGAACUCUUGUGUUUGCAACCUACGAGCCAUGUGGCUGUGCUUCAAGUGGCCAGUUUGUGAAGCAGGUGGACAUUUGUUUGGCACUAUUUAAGAUCAAAUAAUACAAAUGAAACCAGAGGUACAUCCCAAAUAAACUGUAUGGACUUGACGUUUAACAGUGCAAUGUGUCUUUGCGCCAACCUGUGCUUAGUUCAAGUUACACCCCGCUCCUCCUCCU